CAACCAAACAGAGGAACAGAAAAUGGGAAACAAAUUGCUAAGCAUUUUUCUAGCGGUGGCCUUUGUUAUGAUAGCAAAGGUGCCCAAAAACGUGAGUGCUCAAAAUUGUGGGUGUGAGGCAGGGUUAUGUUGCAGCCAAUAUGGGUAUUGUGGUAGCGGUGAUGACUACUGUGGCACAGGGUGCCAACAGGGUCCUUGUUAUGGGAGCCAAAACCCACCAAGUUCCCCUAGCAACGAUGUUAAUGUUGCUGACAUUGUCACACCAACAUUCUUCAAUGGCAUAAUUGAUCAGGCUGACUCAGGUUGUGCAGGGAAGAACUUCUACUCAAGAGAUGCUUUCCUCAACGCUCUCAAUUCUUACAAUCAGUUUGGGAGGAUUGGUUCUGUCGAUGACUCCAAACGCGAGAUUGCAGCUGCUUUUGCCCAUUUCACACAUGAAACUGGACAUUUUUGUUACAUUGAAGAGAUAGAUGGAGCAUCGAAGGACUAUUGCGAAGAAAAGAAUACACAGUAUCCUUGUGCUCCUAACAAAGGCUACUAUGGGCGGGGUCCGAUCCAAUUAUCUUGGAACUUCAACUAUGGACCUGCAGGACAGAGCAACGAUUUCGAUGGAUUGAAUUCUCCUGAAACAGUGGCCAAUGAUCCUGUGGUCUCCUUCAAGACAGCAUUAUGGUAUUGGAUGCAACACGUGCGCCCUGUCAUCAACCAAGGCUUUGGCGCAACCAUUAGAGCGAUCAAUGGUCAACUCGAAUGUGAUGGUGCCAAUCCCACCACAGUUCAGGCUCGAGUUAAUUAUUACACUGAUUACUGUAGACAAUUGGGUGUUGCUACUGGUGACAAUCUUACUUGCUAAUGUUCUAACCACACACCACACAUAUUUUAUCAUUAUAUAUGUGUAGUAUAGUAUGAAUAAGUGAUGAUAUCAUCGUACAUGUGUUAUUUUUUCCAUCACUUCUAAUAAUACCACUUUCGCUUAAUUUAAUUAUUGUCAUUACUC